AUUACAGAAGAUGACAACAAAACUAAACAAAAGACAGAUUAGUUCAGUUGACUUCAACCUCAUAUGCACACAUAUGCACUCUAUUGACCUGUGCCUCAUAAAAGUAACCAAUAAACCAAUAAGGGGCAGGGAGUUUCAUUGCAAAGAGGGAAAAGAGCAAAGAGCAUUACUGUAUAUCUUGGUGCUGGAGCUCACUUGCACUGAAACACUUCAACCAGGCAUUUGUCCUGCGCAGCAAGGACUCAGCAUGCUACCUCAGUAUUCAGAGAAAGAGCUGCUAAUACCUCAAGAGGUUACAUUGCACUUCUAAUAAUCCAAGGUUCAGAAAAGCUAGGGUUGGAAUUUGAGAGCCGAUUACUCACUUUAACACACUGCAGCAACAAGACGACUUUUGCUUCUUUUUGGCUUUUUUUUUUUUUUUAAGGACUCUCUCUGGAACUCUUUGGCCAGGAUUUUAUUUACUUUGACGGAUAUCUGUGAGCUAAUGUUCUUAUUUUAUUUUGUUUUGUGUAAUGAGGGAAGACUAAUUCUGCAUAUGCUAGAGUAACAGUAUUUUUUGCACAUCAAGGCAUUUAAGGAAGCUACCAACAGCAGAAUUUAGUGCCACUGAUAAUAAGUCACCUUGUGCAGUUCUGAUAACUGAAAACUAUGCCGUUUGGUGACCUCCUGGAGAUGGUGGGCAGCACAGGGCGCUUCCAGGUCCUACAUGUGACCCUCCUCUCCAUCCCUGUCCUGAUGAUGGCCAGUCACAACCUGUUGCAGAACUUUGUGGCCAAUGUGCCUCUUCACUACUGCAAGGCACACACAAACCUCUCUCAGUCCCAGCUGAGCCCAGAGGAAACCCUGCUGAUCACAGUGCCACUAGAUCAAAAAGGAAAGCCAGAGAGGUGCCAGCGUUACGUUACUCCACAAUGGCACCUUCUGGUUAAGAAUGGGAGUUCAGCGGAGCAGGUAGACACACAUGGUUUUGAUGUCGACCUGCAGGGAUGCACAGACGGGUGGUCCUAUGACAUAACUGAGAGGAGCUCCACAAUCAUAUCUGAUUGGGAUUUGGUGUGUGACAUGCGCUCUUUGAAGCAAAUGGGACAAACUGUCUAUAUGGGAGGUGUGCUUGUGGGAGCUGUUAUCUUUGGAGGUCUUUCAGACAGAUAUGGUCGACGCAUCCUCCUUCUCAUCUCUAACAUGCUGAUGGCCGUGUCAGGAACAUGUGUCGCUUUCUCGAACUCCUUUGCCCUCUUUUGCCUGUUCCGGUUUGGUUGUGGCAUGGCUCUGUCUGGCCUGGGACUCAAUACCUUCUCACUCAUUGUGGAGUGGAUCCCCACUCGUGUCAGGACAGUGGUGGGGACAUUAACAGGUUACUGUUACACAUUGGGGCAGUUAUUCUUGGCAGUCUUAGCCUACUUCAUUCGGGACUGGAGGUGGUUAACCCUGGCUGUGUCUCUGCCCUUCUAUGUCUUCUUCCUCUUCUCUUGGUGGUUUCAUGAAUCUUCAAGAUGGUUGGUCCUGAGUAAUAAUUCGGAAAAAGCCAUCAAGAACCUUAAAAGUGUGGCCAGAUUUAAUGGGCGCCAUGAAGAGGGAGAAAAAAUUGACAUUAAAAUGCUGCAGGAGUCCAUGAAGAAAGAGAUGUCCGGUUCACAGGGUUCCUACUCUGUCCUGGAUCUGUUCCGCACACCCACAAUGAGGUCUAUGACAGUCUGCCUCAGUGCUGUCUGGUUAUCCACAAGCUUUGCCUACUAUGGUCUUGCUAUGGAUCUGCAAAAGUUUGGAGUGGACAUCUACUUAAUACAAGUGAUCUUUGGAGCUGUUGACAUCCCUGCUAAAAUUAUCAUGACUGUGUCUAUGAGUUUUAUUGGACGCCGUCCAUCACAGUCUGGUGCCCUCAUACUUGCCGGAAUCACUAUUUUGAUCAACGUGCUGGUACCGUACGAACAACAGACUGUACGUACCUGUCUGGCUGUCAUGGGUAAAGGUUGUCUUGCUGCCUCCUUCAAUUGCUGCUACCUUUACUCUGGAGAACUGUUCCCGACCAUCAUUCGUCAGAAUGGCAUGGGCUGUGUUUCCAUGAUGGCUCGUGUAGGAGCCAUGGUGGCCCCCAUGGUGAUUCUUACAAGAGACUCUAUACCUUGGCUACCAGGUUUAAUCUAUGGAGGAGCUCCGAUUCUCAGUGGAGUGGCCGCAAUAUUUCUUCCAGAGACACUUGGCUCACCUCUUCCGGACACAAUACAAGAUGUGGAGGACAGGGGAUCUGGGAGAAGAUCCAAAAUGGCACCAAAGGAAGCCAUAAGCUUGCAAGACACACAGGCGGAUCUCCUAAAGCCGGCUGCCUGAGGGCAUCUCUAUUAUACUCCUGAUGUUUUUGCUGACAUGUUAAUUAAAGUAGAGUGGGUGCUGCUUUUUCUCUGGCUUGUUUAUUUGUUUGAUUUCUAUAAAGAGUUUAUUGUGUCUUACGACUGCUGAAUAAAUGGAGUUCCAAUGUUAUUUUCCUGAACAGGUCAACAGCGAAAUGAAAACAGUGAAAUGAAUAGCUGCAAACACUCAGACCUAUGUUUAUUUGCUAUACAGUAGCUUUGAGGACUUAAGUCUUACUUCAGUUCUGUUUUUUUAUUUUACAUAUCUGUAUUAAAACAUAAUAAUUCCUUUAUAUCAGCCUUCUUCACGUUAUACUAUGCUUACACUUUAAAUAAUAUUCAACCUUGUAUUUGUGAACAAAAAUGUAUUUUCACUAAAAUC